CGCCGCAUCCCACGGCAGAGGCGGCUGCGAGCUCGAGCAGCGUCGCACCCCGGUGGUGCCGCAGAGAGGCCGGCAGGCAACACCGCGAGGGACCUGGCUCGGCGCCGCUCGCUUCCCUGGCGCGCAGCUGCGGUCAUGAUAUACUGAAAACUACGCAAGAUAAAUCUGGGGAGGCCGGAAACCAUAAAGUCACGAAGACCACAGUCAGGCAGAAAGGAUAAAGGAAAGCAAGUUUUUCAGCUUCGCCCUUCACCUGUCUUAGAAAAAACAGCAUAUUUUAAUCAGAGAUUUCACCUGGGCCACAGGCCACGGGCCACCAUGGAUAUGAACCUUGAUGCCCUUGGGGGUCAAAAGAAAACAAGCGACAGCAGCAAGGGAAGCGACAGCCCAGGAGCCCAGCAAGAUGCUGUGAUGAGGACCGAUUCAUCGGAGAUGACUGAUGUGGAGUCUGUGAUCAGCGCCUUUGCAUCGUCAGCCAGGGCAGGCCGCCGCAAUGCCUUACCUGACAUCCAGACUGCAGCUGCUACAGGUGGUGCCUCUGAUCUCCCACUGAAGCUGGAGGCAUUGAGCAUGAAGGAAGAUGUUAAAAAGAAGAAUGAAGAGAAAGCACAAGAUCAGCUGAAAAAGCCCCUAAAUGAAGAAAAAUGAAGACUUCCAAUUUAUCCAGGGUGUUGAUUUUACGCACAUUGGGAGACAUAGUGGCUAUGCAUUCCUGAAGUGUUUGAUCUGGUAGUAACCGUGGUAAUGUGUGUGUGUUUAGGCAAUUUUGUUGUGAUGCUCUGUCCUUAGACCACAACCAUGAUACCCAAUAGGUUAUUAAAAGGUAUUACUUUCAAAUUGCACACAAAGAAGAACACACUGUUUAUACACCCAAUAAAAUCCACUGUCAAUCUUGGGACUUACUUAGCAGGAUACAUGUUUAAUUAUGUUCUUAUUGAGUUAGAAAAAUUUCUUGAUAUGCAUAAACAGAAACCUAUUAAUUUAAGACUUUAUAGAAUUUGUAGGAAAUUAUAUUUUUGGUGGGAUGGAAUUAAUAGUAAAAACCACAUACAUAAAAUGUGUUUAUAUUUAAUCAAAAUUAUACCAUAUUUCCUCCCAAAAUUGAGAGAGCUGGAAAUAUUAUAAAAGUUGUGACAACAUACAUAUCUCCAGGAUAUUUUCAUCUAAUGUAUUUUGCAUCUAGUCUGUGUAUACUGUGAUUUUUCAUACAGACCCACAGAAUGUAAAAUUUGUGGCAAAUUGCUUAUAUUAAACAUGUGUAAUAAAUAAAUCUUACUAUAUUCCUUAA